AUGAAGGUUGUGAAACCACGUGGGUUAGAGUACAUUCGGGCUAAAAUGACAAAGGAAAGCACAGUCAUGGAGUACUUUGAACAUUUAGAGAGGUGCAUUAGCAGACAUGACCUAGCAGAUAAACCACAUCUCAUCUUUAACAUUGCCGAAAAGGGACUAACUAUAGACCACAAACCCCCCUAUGUUGUAGGAAGCUCAACAUCAACUGUGCAAGCUGUUACUUCUGUUAAAGGUCAAACAGUUACAAUGAUAGGCUGCGGAAGUGCUAGUGGUGUCUCAAUUCCACAUUUUUUCGUAUUCCCAGGGAAAAGAAUGAAUUCUGAUCUUUUGAAUGGGGCCUCACCUGGAGCUUCAGGGACUAUGUCGGAAAGUGGCUGGUCAAAUACUGAUGUGUUCAGGAAGUACUUGAAAGAUCACUUUAUUAAGUUUGCACCUGGUCGCCAAGGAGAGAAGAUAAUUCUUUUACUAGAUGGUCAUCGUUCCCAUGUUGCAGUUGACCCUGCUGAAUGGGCUAAACAGAUGAAUAUCAUUAUCUUUGUGUUACCAGCCCAUACAAGUCACAUAUUGCAACCCCUUGAUGUGGCUUGCUAUGGGCCCUUUCAAAGGAUAUAUAAUAACCUUUGUCACAAGGUUAUGAGACAGACCUCAGCUGCUAUAACAAGGUACAAUAUUUGUGAAAUAGCCUGCAAAGCAUACUCCAAGGCCUUGUGUGCAGAGAACUUGCAUGCAGCUUUUCAGAGGACAGGUAUUUAUCCCAUAAAUAAGGAGGCCAUCCCAAAGGAGCAUAUGAUCCCAUCAGAGGUGUUUUGCACUCAGACAGUGGCUAAUGAGGAUGGGAAUGACAGUGACGCCACAGUAGAAGGGGGUAUUACUACAAAUGCAGCAACACCUGAAGAUCUUUUUGAAAAGCAAACCCUCAAGCUCAAAAUUGUGAAGUCAAAAUUAAUUAAUAAACCACGAAAAACCAUGAGCAAGCUUGUUUCAGGAAAAGAGCUGACAAGUGAUAAAGUAUGUGAGGCCAUACAACAGCACAUAAAAGAUCAACCUAAACCUACCAAAAAAACCUGCUAA